AUGGCUUCAACAUCGUCCGAUCACACGUGGACUUCCGGCGACUUCGAACACCCAAACGAGGAAUUACGAUGGUCUAUCACUGUCGGGCUUGUCUUUGCUUUUCUUCUCUCCACCGUCGCCGUCGGCCUCCGAUUCUUGGCCAGGCGAUUGGCGGGUGGUAGACUGUACCUGGAUGACUGGCUGAUGCUUGUCGCUUUGCUAUUCAAAUACGGAUGCUCAAUUGGAGUGACUACGCUUCUUUAUAAUGGCCUAGGCUCUCAUAUCGACACUAUCCCCCCGAAGAACCUUGAAUGGUAUUUUAAGGUUGCAUGGGCCAAUAACUUUGUAUAUCCAGGAUGCAUUGCCUUCAUCAAGCUAUCUAUUUUAGCGCUGUAUAAGCGAAUUUUUUCCACCAAAAAGAUGAAUUUGGCCGUUAACUUCAUGGCAUCGUUUGUUGUUGUCUGGAUGUUUGGUAACUUCAUUGCUGGUGCCAUAAACUGUCUUCCAGUACAAAAGUUCUGGGACCGUUCACUUGAGGGGGCUUGCAUGGAUAUUGCACCCUUUUCGUACGGACAGCAGAUUCCGAAUAUUCUUUCAGAUGCUAUCAUUCUUGUCAUGCCUCUCAAGGUGGUCUGGACUCUGCCGAUUCCCAAAUCCCAAAAGAUGAUGCUUUCCGGGGUUUUCAUUGUUGGAGGCCUGACUCUCAUCUUUGACUGCGUCCGACUGUGGCGUAUGAUUAUACUGUCACGUUCGGGCCCUGACAUCACGUUCAACCAAGCUCCCGUUGUCCUUUGGACCUGUGUCGAAGCGGCCGUUGGUAUUGUGGCUGCAUGCCUCCCCAACCUCAGACCCCUCUUCAAGAUUGGCCGACCUGGAUUCUGGUCCCAGCUUCGAUCUGGAAGCAAGGGGUCUGGAAAGUCUCACUUAAAUACGACGACGACCACCACCACGACAACAAGCUCAACAAAUAUGAGUGUCCAAAAGGGCCCUCUUGAUUCCCACGCGGCUCAACAAGGCGUUGAAAUCCACCGCUAUAGUGAUAUUGUCCGCGAAAAAUGUUAA